UCUCUCUCUCUCUCUCUCUCUCUGAACUGGGGUUUGUUACAUCCUGGUUUUGCUGCAACAAAUCCUGAUUUGGAGAGAAGACAAUUUUUGUUUCCUUUGGAUUUAUUGCUUUCUGCUCAGAGCCCAUUUGAGUUUCAAAACUUGGGUUUUAUCGGUUCUUUUUGAACAUUUUUUAAUGGAUGGUCUGUAUAAGAGCUUGGUUUUGGUAUGAGAAGUUUCUUUAAUGUAUUAUAUGUCUGAUUUGAUUGAAUUGGAACCAAAGUGCACUGGCUUGGUAUUAAUAUUAUGAGACAAUAAGAGUUUGAAGAUCUUCUCAUCUUUAUCGAGGACUUCCUGGGGGGUUUUAUGUUGAAUUUUUAUUUGGUUUGGGGGUUUUGACAUGUUUUUUAUAGAAGAACUCAGGUUCGAUUGAAUUGUUUUGGGAGGGUGGUUGUGAAGAAAAAGUUAGCUACUCAAUGUUGAAGCUUUUGUGGUUCGAAUUGUUGGUGUCUUUUGUGGUUUGAAUUGUCGGGUUCAAGAUGGGGAAGCAAAGUAGGUCGAAGAAGAAACAGCUGGGAGGAAAAUCAGGAGGUACAGUUGUGAACCAAAACAAAGUUGGUGAGAAUAGCCCAAAAGGAUACGAUAAGGAUACUGCAGUAUUCAUUUCAAUGUCACAGGAAUUGAAGGAUGAGGGGAAUAAGUUGUUUCAGAAGAGAGAUUAUGAAGGGGCCAUAUUAAAAUAUGAAAAAGCUCUCAAGUUGCUCCCAAGAAACCACAUAGAUGUAUCCUAUCUUCGGAGUAACAUGGCCGCAUGCUAUAUGCAGAUGGGACUCAGUGAGUACCCUAUGGCGAUCCAUGAAUGCAAUUUGGCUCUUGAAGUCACACCCAAAUAUAGCAAAGCACUCUUGAAGAGGGCUAGGUGUUAUGAGGCUCUGAAUAGGCUGGAUCUGGCACUGAGAGAUGUUAGUACAGUAUUGAAGAUGGAGCCAAAUAACCUCAUGGCAACAGAGAUUGCUGAAAGGGUGAAUACAACAAUUGAGAAAAAAGGAAUCAGGGAGAAUGAUAUACCAGUUGAUUUGGUUCCUGUCCCAGCAUAUGUUGAACCACCUUGUGCUUCAACUCCAACAAAGGUAUUGAAGGAGAAGGUGAGAAAGAACAAGGGCAGCAAAGUGGAGGAGAAGGUGGUUGAAGAGAAAACUGAGGAAAAGAAGUCUGAGGAGACAAUCGAAGAAAAAAAGGCUGGGGAUGUUAUUGAGGAAAAUAAGGCUAAGGACACAAUUGAGGAAAAGGAGGUUGAGGACCAAACUGGGGACAAGAAGGCUGAAGAUAAAUUGGUUGUGGAGGAGAAUAUAAGUAGAAUUAUGGAAGAGGAGCCCAAAAGGGCUUUGAAAUUAGUGUUUGGGGAGGAUAUAAGAUGGGCCCAGGUUCCUGUUAAUUGCAGUAUUUUAAAACUGAGGGAGGUUACUCAUGAUCGAUUUCCAACCUUAAAAGCUGUUCUUAUCAAAUACAGGGAUCAGGAAGGUGAUUUGGUCACAAUAACCACAAAUGAAGAACUAAGAUGGGCUGAAGCAGCUGCUGAAGAACGUGGUUCUGUCAGGCUGUACAUUGUAGAAGUCACUCCCGAGCAAGAUCCAUUUUUGGACAAGAUUAGUCUGAGAAGAAGAGAAGAAGAGGUGCGCCAGCAUGGAAAAAGACAUAAUAACAUUACUCAGAAUGGACAUGUGGGAAAAACUGAGGAAACAGGCAAGGGACCAUCUUGCUUUGAUGAUUGGAUCUUUCAGUUUGCUGAGCUAUUCAAGGACUAUGUCGGUUUUGAUUAUGAUGCAUAUUUGAAUCUACAUGACCUUGGAAUGAAGCUUUACUCUGAGGCCAUGGAAGACACUGUUACAAGUGAAGAGGCACAAGACCUUUUCAAUACUGCAGCGGAGAAGUUCCAGGAGAUGUCAGCUUUGGCCUUGUUCAAUUGGGGAAAUGUCCACAUGUCCAGGGCAAGGAAAAGAGUGUACUUCACAGAAGAUGCUUCAAGAGAAUCAAUACUCGCACAGGUUGAGAGUUCAUUUGAUUGGGCGCAAAAUGAAUAUGCAAAAGCAGGAAAGAGAUACGAAGAAGCAUUGAAAAUAAAACCAGAUUUCUAUGAAGGCAUUCUAGCUCUAGGGCAGCAGCAGUUCGAGCAGGCAAAACUCUCUUGGUACUAUGCAAUUGGUACCGGUGUUGACUUGGAAACAUGGCCUUCUACAGAGGUUCUCCAUCUUUAUAAUAAAGCCGAGGACAGUAUGGAAAGGGGCAUGCAGAUGUGGGAGGAAGCAGAGGAGCGGCGUUUGAAUGAAUCAUCAAGUCCAAAUAAGUUAAAAGCCCUGUUGCAGAAAAUGGGGUUGGAUGGACUAUUUAAAGAUUUAUCUGAUGAUGAAGUUGCAGAACAGGCUGCAAACAUGAGGUCUCAGAUAAACCUCAUGUGGGGCACCCUGCUUUAUGAAAGAUCGAUUAUGGAAUUUAAACUGGGGCUUCCUGUCUGGCAUGAAUGUUUGGAGGUCGCCGUUGAAAAAUUCGAACUUGCUGGAGCUUCUCAAACAGAUAUAGCUGUCAUGAUAAAGAACCAUUGUUCUAAUGAGACUGCACUAGAAGGCUUAGGGUUCAAUAUUGAUGAGAUAGUACAAGCAUGGAAUGAGAUGUAUGAAGCAAAAAGGUGGCAGAGUGGUGUUCCUUCUUUCCGAUUAGAACCGUUACUUCGACGACGAGUUUCUAAACUUUAUCAUGCUCUGGAACAUGCGUGAAUGCUCGUAAUAUAUUGGAUCCCCCAAGAUACAGGAUUGACACUCACUAUGCCUGCUGCAUUGUUGGCAAUCUGUACUUUUCCAUACUUGGUCUUCAUACGAUGUUUGUCUUCACCCAAAAAAAAAAGAGCAAAAAAUCACAGCUACUAUUGGAUUUUGCGUCACCCUCGUACUAACAGAAACACUGGUUUCAGACUUGUUUGUAAUUAUCAUGAUCAAACAAGUAGGUACCAUUCAAUUUCAGCACUGGGGACAAGAUGCAGUAGCAGGAAUUUCCUUUUUGUUAGUUUCUGUUAUUACCUUGUUACCUCCCCAUUUAUAUUUGUUUUUGAAAGUAAGCAGAAGAUUGUUUUGUAUGUAUUGUUAACCCUUCUUGAUGUUCUCCUCCUAUUCUGUAUCCUUAAAAUUUUAGUUCAAUAGCUUGUCCAAAAAAAAAAAGAAACAAAGAAAAUGACUUCUAGUUCGAUAGCAACCAUUGUGGUCAUCUUUACUUGUUCUUCUUCUUGGUUUGUGAGCUCUCACUUUUGUAAUAUAUAUGGCUGUUUGCCAUUAGUAUUUUCGACUAUAGUAUUGUAUGGAGUUGAACUUUCUGUUUCUCAUGUUUUAUUGAAGACUUUGCAC